AAUCUACAGAAAUUUCUUACUACGCCAUAGAUCAAAUGAGCGUUCAUCGUGUUUUACUUAAUUUCAUAGCAGUUCUAGCGUGGAACGUCGCCAAAUCGUGCAUGGAUUUCACUCGUGGACUUUAGCUUGGAGUCUACAUAACCCUUCGAUCGUAGCCAGCUAUCCUGGAAGCCGGGAUAUUGCCAGCAAAAUUUGGCUCCAAUUUUUGUGGUAUGAGUACAUGGAACUUACGACCAGAGAUGUCAGUGGACGAAUACCACCCGUUUAUAGAGGCGGUACUGCCUCGUGUCAAAGGAUUCUCCUAUAUAUGGUUCAACCUUCAAGCAAGGAAACGGAGGCACUACAAGAAACAUGAAAAGCGAAUGACCCCCAUGGAGGAGAGAGUCGUCAAGGAGGAGCUCAUGAACGACAAACCCGAACUCAAGCAGAAAUGGGCGUCGCGGUUGCUCGCCAAACUGCGGAAGGACAUCCGCCCGGAGUGCCGGGAGAACUUUGUCCUGAGCGUGACGGGCAAGAAGCCCCCCAUGUGCAUUCUGAGCAACCCCGAUCAAAAGGGAAAGAUGAGGCGGAUUGACUGCCUGAGGCAGGCCGAUAAGGUCUGGAGGUUGGACUUGGUUAUGGUGGUGCUCUUCAAAGCCAUCCCGUUGGAGAGUACGGACGGGGAAAGACUCGUGAAAUCGCCGAACUGUACAAACCAUACGUUAUGUGUGCAGCCCCAUCAUAUGGGGGUUAGUGUGCGAGAGUUGGACAUGUACCUUGCGAACUUCAUUAUGCAGUCACCUGGUAAGUACUCUCCAUUAAUCUACCUUAGGUGGUGUUUCACAAAACUGUUCGUAGAGUUACGCAACAUGCGACUGGAAUAUAUUCUCAUAUUUGUUAAAGUCGGACACAUACAUGUUCAGUAUCAUCUACAUGUAGCACAAGAAAGAAUCACCAGUUGUACAUAAAGUCAUGCCUAAACUUACAUUUGAUGUGUACACGAACAACUUAAUGAAACAGAAGUGGUUUAUAAUCCAUGGUGUUGACAUUGGUUAAUGCAGAUUUCAUGCCAACACCAUACAUGUAGAACUUUGCCAUCUCUUUAAAUUAGAAUGGCAUCGCAAGUAAUUUUCACACCUUAUCGUUCAUUCUUUUAUUCACUCACUCACCAACUCAAUCAAUCAAUCACCAAAGGGUUAAAAGUUUCAAUAAUGUGGUAAUAAGAACAAGUUUGUAUUUGGUGUAUUAACGGAAAUGAGUCUCUGUCAGGGUUGUAAUCACAGACGUUUUUCAGUGUUGGUUUAAAAAUCACCCGACACCUUUCCACAGAGUUAAGGGAGGAUUACCAGAUUCGUCUGUUAUCAUUUUUUCUCUGUUAUUGAGGAAAUAUAUGUAAGUACCAGUUUGGCAGGUGAAAUAUUAGGCAGUGGCGAGUGCUGCACCAGCCCUAGUUUGCUCAAUCUCGAGAUUUUAGCCCGAUCGACCCUCUUCGCGAUUAAUCUCGAGAUUCAAGAAACCCCGUCUCUACCAGCGCAAGAAGAGCAAUUCAUGCUUGAGCGAGGCAUCGAUGCUUUAUGGUGUGACGCUGUGAAUAAAUAAUCGCAAGUUCGUCUGCACCUGCGAUUUAGCGGGAUAAUUUGUAAAUAGCGCGUUAUUUUGCAAAUAAUCCUAUUGACCUGGGAUUGCAAUCUCAAGAUUAAUCCAGCGAACUAUCCCGAUGAUUGCGUCUCCAUUACAAAUAAUCUUGAGAUUGUUCAGAUCGGGAUAAUUUACCGCAUCAGAAAUAGCGAACUAAUUUGAAAACUCUGGCUGGUGCAGACGGCCCUAUUGUAUUGAGUGCUGGUUCCGACUGGUGCUGGCCAGUGUAGUGACAAUACUGGUCAUUCAUACAUUAUGGAAAUGCGUUAGGGAGUCAGAACCACCACUAAAACAUCUGUGGGAACAAUCUUGAGACACAAAAUAUACCAAUACAAUGUUCUACAUGUAUCUUUGGUUAUUGCCACACUAAACUUGAAGUAUUACUCUUCUUUCAGUUAACAUGCCAAGUGUGCAAACUCCAAACAAAAUCAAUUCUUGUUUUUUUAUCUCAUCUCCUUUACUUCUGUUUAUUCAAGAUAUUUCUACAGCUCUUGAAAUACAAUAGAUGUUGAAAUAUUAAUACAUUUACAUUUAUAAGCUAUGUAAAUACAUAUGUAUAGCGAAGUCCUACACCCACACAAUCAUAUGUAAUGGUAUUGAGUGUAUAGAUGUAUGUAGGCCUACAUGUACAUGUAUGUGUACGGUAUACACCAUCCUGAGAUCGUUACGGUUAACCAUAAAUGACUUAAUUACAUACUCAGUUUUCUACACAUAAAUCCUUUUCAUGGUCUGAAUUUGCAGUCUACAUGUAGAGGCUCUGAUUGGGACUAGUGUUAUUGAAACUUUCUCUCACCUACAGUGUACACGUGUGGUAGACUUGUCUCUGGACCCACUUGUUGCUUAAAGCUUUAAUCAGGGUUUGUACAUGCAGACUAUGCAUUCAUUGUGAUUCAUCGCUGAAAUUCUAAUCAAUAAAAUAAACAAAUACUGUUGAUCAAAUGAAUGAGGGUCAAGCAACUAUUGUAAGGAGAUAAAGGUCACCAAACUUUUCAAAAGUUUGUUGGCCUAUAAAUAACAACAUCCAGAUAUUAAACGAAAAAUGUGUAUUACAGCCUCUUAGAAUGUGUACAUGUAUUUUAAGAAGGGCCUU